AGUCCCGUGUCGCCUGGCCUCAGAACUGAGCGGUGCAGGCUGCCCCUGCUACCUCUCGGUGACCGCCUCCCAGGCCUGUCGCAGUUGGGCUCGGGCUCCUUUGCCGAGCCACCAUGUCGCAGAGCGGGGAGGAGAACCUGCAGGGCUCCUGGGUAGAACUGCACUUCAGCAAUGGCAAUGGGAGCAGCGUUCCAGCCUCCGUCUCUAUUUAUAAUGGCGACAUGGAAAAAAUACUGUUGGAUGCCCAGCAUGAAUCUGGACGAAGUAGCUCCAAGAGUUCUCACUGUGACAGCCCACCUCGCUCCCAGACACCACAAGAUACCAACAGAGCUGAAAUAGACACCCACAGCUUUGGCGAGAAAAACAGCACUCUGUCUGAGGAAGAUUAUAUUGAGAGAAGAAGAGAAGUUGAAAGUAUCUUGAAGAAAAACUCAGAUUGGAUAUGGGAUUGGUCAAGUCGGCCCGAAAAUAUUCCCCCCAAGGAGUUCCUUUUUAAACAUCCGAAGCGCACAGCUACUCUGAGCAUGAGAAACACAAGCGUUAUGAAGAAAGGGGGCAUUUUCUCAGCAGACUUUCUGAAGGUUUUCCUUCCAUCUCUGUUACUGUCUCAUCUGCUGGCCAUUGGCUUGGGGAUCUACAUUGGAAGGCGCCUGACAACUUCCACUAGCACCUUCUGAUGAAGAUUUGGAUCUGACUUCUGUUCACACAGUGAGGAUUCAUGUCUGAGCUGUGACAGCUAAUUGAAGAACUAGCAUGAUCCUUGGGUGUCUGCACUAUGUGUGUUUAUUUGUUCUGUAAAUGCGGUGUUCCUGAUUUAG